AUGGACGCUUUGAAAUUCCUCGUACAGCCUCUUGUCGGAGGCGCUCUCGGUGGCUCGUCGUCUAUUGUCGAUGGGAUGAAGUUUGUAGUCAUCGGGGGGACAGUUGAGACUGCUAGGAGAGUCUCUAGCAACGCAUGGAGCCAAUUCAUCAAUUCGUUCUAUCUAACCGCCCACUUUUCCGAGGACGACUAUCCGUACGACUGGCUCAUGAACUGGCUGUCACACCGCCCCGAAUGGCAGCGUUCGCGAGAGUUUGAGACGACUACGCGGGCAGUGGACACUUUGUCGCCGGAAGCCAAAGACGAGGAAGACGACUCAGAAACGUCCUCGGAUUUUAGCAGUACACGCACACGUACACGAGUCAUCUUUCAGCCUACCUUCGAUUCCACGCACACAAUAUUUUACAAGGGACACUAUCUACAUAUCACACGCAGCAUGCAUCCGACGACGCAGUGCACGGUGCUGACAGUGUCUGUUGUGGCGCGGUCGCAUAAUAUACUGAAGGAUCUAGUGAGGACAGCGAGGAAGGGCUAUGAGGCGGCCAGCGUGCAUAAGAUCCAACUCUUCUCAGCCGAUGCGUACGGAGGGUGGAGAUACAGUGAUGUGAAGCAUAAGCGACCGCUGGCGAGCGUGGUACUGGAGCCAGGGGUGAAGGAGAGGGUGGUGGCGGAUGCAAGGGAUUUCUUGGCCAGUGAGAAGUGGUAUUCAGACAGAGGCAUACCUUUCCGAAGAGGCUAUCUCCUGCAUGGGAUCCCGGGGUCGGGCAAGUCCUCCCUCAUCCAUGCGAUCGCCUCUGAGCUGGAGCUGGACGUCUACGUCCUGUCCUUGAGUGCGCCGUGGAUGUCGGAUGAUCGGCUACAGCAGCUUCUCGGAGUUGUGCCCAAGGGAACGAUGGUGUUACUGGAGGAUCUCGAUGCGGCGUUUACGCGCAGCACGACACGCGAAGAGGACGAGAAGAAUGCGUCGACGUCGACCAAGGACACAAAGAAGGACAAAAAGGAGAAGAAGGAUAAGGAUCGGCUCAAUGAUGUCAACACACUCAGUUUGAGUGGGCUCCUCAACGCUUUGGAUGGCGUUGCGGCUUCAGAGGGACGGCUGCUCUUCGCCACCACGAAUCAUAUUGAGCGUCUUGAUCCGGCACUCCGACGACCUGGGCGAAUGGACAUAUGGGUUGAGUUCAAGUACGCGACAAGGGCACAAGCAGAAGCGCUCUACAGGAAUUUCUUCCCAUGCGUUGAGGGUCCAGUCUGGAGAGACGGCAGCUGGGUGAAGAACACCGCCCGCGAAGGCGGGGAGGAGAAAGGAGAUAUUGAUAACGAAGGGAGCAUUGAGGGAGAUAGUGAGAUGGCGAGCGCUGCAGAACUUGCAUCGAUGGGGCUGGGUAAUAUGGAAGUGAGGAGUGUGAAGUUGGAGAGCGAGUGUACCGAGGAGGAGAAGGAGAAAGCGUCGUCGACAUCUUCAUCCUUGCUCGGAAGCCUUUCCAUAGGGAGUCUGUGGUCGUCAUCUUCAAAGUCAACAGCAUCCGAGUCGAAAUCGCCAACGUCACCGUCCCUUGUGAUGCCCUCUAUCCCUCCUUCCUUAUCAACCCCCGCUGCCGUCCCCCCUGCAUCCCCCUCCAACGCCGCGUCGCAGCUGCCCUAUUCGAACGAACUGCGCGCAAAAACGCUGCUGGAUGCUCAGACAAUGAAUAAACUUGCGGCCCUCUUCGCGGAAGGGUUCCCCGAGAAUGAGUUUAGUAUGGCCCAGCUCCAAGGAUAUUUACUGAAACAUAAAUCCCAACCCGAGGUAGCUGCCCAUGAGAUGACAGCUUGGGUGAAGAGCGAACGCGAGCUACGCGUCAAGCUUGCGAAGGAACGCGCAAAAGCGAAGGCCGAGAGAGAGAAGAGGGCGAAAGAGAGGAAAGAGCGCGAGAAGAAGGAGAAAGCUAAGGAAGCCGCAGAGAAAGAGAAAACGCAGAAUGAGCUCGAGGAGAAGGAGAAGGAGCUUCAGGCAGUGAAGAAGGAACUUGAGGAGCAGAAGAAGAAAUCGGGGGAGGAGAGUAAGACCACCGAGGAUGGCGACACAGUGGUUGUGAGUAAGGAGGAUGGGACGGAGGACAAGAAAGAGGAGGACAAGGAGAACAAGGAUGAUGAUGAAGACGGCGAGGACGAUGAAGACGAUGAAGAAUCUAGCGAAGAAAGUAGUUCCAGCGACGAAGACGACGUAUGA